AUGUCUGUUCAACAACCAGCAACAACACCAGUACCAAUUCAGGAUUUGUCCAAAUUAUCUGUCCCAACAUUACCAAGUGUAACACCACAACCACCAAAACAAAAUUCAUUAUGGUCAUCUAAUCCAGUAUUUUCAUAUUUAAAUGAUGUAUAUUUAACUAUAAGUGAGCAUAGAAAAAAUUUAGGUUUGACAAAUCCAGGAACCAUAGAAAAUUUGAAUAAGGAAGUUAGUAGAGAUGUGUUUUUAAAUCAAUAUUUCUUCACAGGGUUAAGAGCCGAUUUAAACAAAGCAUUUUCUAUAAAUCCUGCUUUUCAAACUUCCCAUACUUUGAGUAUGGGCUCACAAGUUUUACCUCCAUAUGCAUUUAGCGCUUUAUUUGCUGCCGAAGAUUUUUUUUUACAAGGUAAUAUAGAUAAUGAUUAUAAUUUUAGUGGUAGAAUCAACUAUGGUUGGGAUAAAUUUAAUAUUUCUAAAAUCACUUUACAAUUAGCUCAAACACAACCUUCAAUGGUUCAAUUGGAACAAGAUUAUCAAGGAAAUGAUUUUUCAAUAAAUUUAAAAACAUUAAAUCCAAAUUUCAUUUAUGAUGGAUUUUCUGGAGUUGCAGUUGCUUCUUUGUUACAAAGUUUAACUCCUAAAUUUGCUUUAGGGUUGGAGGCCAUGUAUUCAAAACAACCUUUAGCUCCACCAGAUACCGCUGUUUCAUAUGUUGCGAGAUAUAAUAAUAAUGGGAAAUGGAUCGCUUCUGCUCAAGUACAAGCUCAAGGAGCCCUAAUUGCAUCAUUUUGGAGAAAAGUAAGCGACAAAGUUGAAGCAGGUUUAGAAACUCAAAUCGCUGCUACUAUGAAACAAGUUGCUGAUCCUUUAAUGGGAGUUGGAUUUGAACCAGUUAUUGAAGGAACUACAACCAUUGGAGCAAAAUAUGAAUAUAGAACUGCUGUCUUUAGAGGUCAAUUAGAUUCCAAGGGAAAAGUUAGUGCAUUUUUGGAAAAAAGAAUUUUACCAACAGUAUCGGUGUUAUUUAGUGGAGAAAUUGAUCAAUUUAAAUCUACCUCAAGAUUAGGUUUAGGUUUACAAUUUGAAGCUGCUGGUAAUGAACAAUUAAUGAUGAUGCAACAAGGUUUAGUCGAUGCCAAUGGUAAUCCAGUCCAAGGCGUAACUGUUGUAUAA